AGGCCUCUCUCCUGGCAACGGCACCAGCGCAGGCAGAGAGGAGGAUCCCAAUGUGGCAAGGGAGAGGAGGGCUAAGCAGCGGCGGCGGCGGCGAAGGAGGGGGCCAAGCGAGACAAGGGGAGCCGCAGCAACCGCCGCCGAGGAGCUGAGCGGCCUGUCUGGGCAAGCGGGGGUGGCGAAGCCUCUGCAGCACUGGCACCCCCGCCGACGCCGCACCCCCGCCGACGCCACCCCCCCGCCGGGCACCUCACGCCCGCCCGGGUGGAGGCGGAGGCGGCGGAGGCGAAAAAGGAGGAGGUUCGGGCAGCAGAAUACUGUAAUUGAAGGAGCAUCCGCUAAGCUUGGGAGGAAAAGAGGAUCCUGAUUUGGGUGGUUAAUUUAUUUUUCCAAGAUAGAGGAGAGCGUCACACCACCACCUAGAACUGGAUUUUCACCCUAGUUUAGCAGCUUUGCUGCUCACUUAAAUACAGAUGAAUGAAGACCCCAUUUGGAAAGGCACCAGGUCAGCGAUCCAGAGCUGAUGCAGGGCAUGCAGGUGUGUCUGCCAGCAUGAUGAAGAAGAGAGCUUCCCACAAAAAGCAUCGAAACAACAUGGGACCAAGCAAACCAAUUUCUCAACCCAGAAGAAAUAUUGUAGGCUGCAGAAUACAGCAUGGAUGGAAAGAAGGGAGUGGACCUGUGACACAGUGGAAAGGCACAGUCCUAGAUCAGGUUCCUGUAAAUCCCUCUCUCUACCUUAUUAAAUAUGAUGGAUUUGAUUGUGUGUAUGGACUAGAACUGCACAAAGAUGAGAGAGUUUCGGCACUUGAAGUCCUUCCAGACAGAGUUGCUUCAUCUCGAAUCAGUGAUGCCCAUCUGGCAGACACAAUGAUUGGCAAAGCAGUGGAACAUAUGUUUGAGACAGAAGAUGGUUCAAAGGAUGAAUGGAGGGGAAUGGUCUUGGCUCGGGCACCUAUAAUGAACACAUGGUUUUAUAUUACCUAUGAGAAAGAUCCUGUCUUGUACAUGUACCAGCUUUUAGAUGACUAUAAAGAAGGUGACCUCCGUAUUAUGCCUGAUUCCAAUGAUUCGCCUCCAGCAGAACGGGAACCAGGUGAAGUUGUGGACAGCCUAGUUGGGAAACAAGUGGAAUAUGCCAAAGAAGAUGGCUCAAAAAGGACUGGCAUGGUCAUUCACCAAGUUGAAGCCAAACCCUCUGUCUAUUUUAUCAAGUUUGAUGACGAUUUCCAUAUUUAUGUCUAUGAUUUGGUGAAGACAUCCUAGACACCACCUUGCAAACUUUUGCCAAACUUGUGGAACUUCAAUGUAAAAUUUGUAGACACAAAGACUUAACUGCUUUCCAGUUUAUUUGAAAGCUUAAUGUCCCUGCGAGCCCACAAUCUCUGCCAGGAAAACUAUUCCAUUGUGAACUAUACAAAUAGACAUUUAUGUGAACAUGUCACAUUGUGUAAGAGAACUUCUUUUCUUGAAGGAAGUCUUCUGGGGGUAUGUGGAUGAAGUUAGAGAAAACAGCAGCUGCAAAUUCAAGCUGUGUUAAGUGGAUCUAGCAAUGUAAACAUUAAACUGAUUUUUUUUUUGAUUUUUUUUUUUACAAUUUGUAAGUUUCCCAUCAGCUUCUCACUUGACAGUUCAACUGCCACAUGCAAGUGUAGCAUGGUAUUAUAUUGCUUUCAUGUAUGUAACAUUAAGUUUUCUUGUCUGGCAGUCCUUGUUUCCAGGGUUUGGGCAGAGAUGGUUAUAAAACGUUUAAAGCAGUGUUAAGGAGUGCCUAACCAAUUUAACAUCAGUGUACUGUGUUCAGAUUAGCUGUUAAGCUACUAUUACAUGAGAAUUUUGUACAUUUUAGUUUGCAAGCAAGUAGAACACAACAGAUAUGUAACACAGUUGAUGAGAGAAUGCAGAGAAAGCCCAUAUUUCAAAAUUUUAGGACCUGGUCAAAAUACUGAAAAGGAUGCCUUCAAUUCUAUAUGUUAGGGAAUUUUUUGUUACUUUUAGCAGAACCAGGUGCUUGGUGCCAUAGCAGUCUAAUACUUCAUAUUAGCAUUAAAGAAUACUAUACAGCAACUACUGAGUGUCUCUAUCAGAAUUAGCAACCUAGAUACUUGUGUGUAGACUUAAAUCUGUUACACAUAAACCACAAGAAGAGUCCUCUUACACUAAAGUCUUGUGUUGCAGAGAAGGAAGAUAAUUUGCCUUCUACUUGAUCUGCUGCAUUCCUUCUCAUUUUAUUGUGUCUGGUUCAAGGAGGCAUCUAUUUUUUUCUGGCCUUUCUUCUUGGGGUAUGACCUGACAAAACAUCUUACAACUCAAAACCUGUUGUCGCCUUUUGUGGUGUAUGUUUGUGUUUGCUCGAGGUAUGCUGUUUAAUGUGAACUUCAUUAAAAGAACACUAGGGUUCUGCAUGCUAAUGGUGUACUAUCUAACGAAAGCUAGACAGUCUCCAUGGUUCAAUUACCUGCAGCCAGAUUGUAGAUGUAAAUAAGCAGCCCACUGAAUCCGCUCUUGAUUUUAUUUUAUUUUGCAAAGUGGAAGGUAGGUAGGUGUGGCAGCUACUUUAAAAUAAUCAGUGAGAAAAUACCAGAGCAGCAACAAAGUUUCCAAGGCAGAACACUGCAAUAGUAAAAACUGUUUUGGAAAAAUAUAUGGGAAGCCAACACCAUUGUUAUAAUAUAGCUUAAAGAAGGAAGAAGAGUGUUGCUGAUCAGUUUGAGGUCCAAAUUAUUUCUGGUGUGGGUAUGCAUAUUGAAAACUCCAUGUUUUAAACCCCACCCCCUUUUUUGCCUGAUUUCAUAUUGUAGCCUUAAGGCUUGUGCCUCGUUAUGCUCUUUAAUGGUAAUAAAUACUCAUCAUAUAAAUACAGUAUCUUAAAAUCUCUUGUCCAUUGCUACUGUUGCUUUAUAUCCCAGUAUUUCAUCAUGGGCAACCAAAGGCAGUCUAUUUGUCUUUUCCAUGAAGAGCUUCUCAGUGCAGUCCUUAAGCCCUAAGUACCUGAGUCAUAAAUGUUCCUUGUGUUCUUGAACAAAGUGAGCAGAUUUGCAACCCAGUGUGUUUUCAUCCUGCAGAUCUGUAUGUUUUCUAUUGACUCUUUAGAGUCCUGCAUGUAAAUCUCAAAGCUGAGCCUGGCUCCAUGAGCCCAAGUUGAUAUUUGUGGCACAAGAAUGAGUGCGUGUAUUAAACAUACACAGAAUACACACAUAAUGUAGUACUUUGAAUUGUGGGCUACAUAAACAAUGAAUCCAAGGUAUGUCUCAAAAUGAUAUUUGCUGAGGAUUAAGUAGAGCGAAAAUUUCACAUUCAAAGGGCUUGCAAUUGAGGGUGUCUUGCAAGUCUCUUGAAUACACCACAUUCUGCCAGUUUUAGAGUAAUCUAUAUUCUGUACAAAUUUUAUGGUUUUUAAAGUGUCCACGUUGUCUGCUUUUUUGAUAGCUUUGUCCUUUUUUUUUUAAAUUAGGCUUGAGAUUAAUUCUACUCCCUUCCCAUCUGCGUUGGGCUUUGUUUGAGGCUCAUGUUUCAGAUCUGCAUGCAGUGCUUGUUACCCUGGUAACUAAAUGUUGGUUCCUUGUUCUAGGGGUUCAACAUGAUUUUCCAAGUUAUCAUGGGGCUUGUGGUGGCACAAGCUAUGGAUCUGUGUAUAAAAGUUACUGGCCUUUCUCUCCAUUUACCUGCUGUAGUAUUGUAUAUUGUGUGUUUUUUGCGUGAUGUCGGGCUGCCCUGUAAAAUUUUAAGACAAACAAAUGCAGACCAUCCUUUUUUGCAUGCUUAGAAGGUAGAAUGUUCAGUGUAACAAAACUUGCAUGUUAAAAAAUGUUUAGAUUUUUAGUUUUUUUAUUUUUGUGUUUUUUUUGUGAAUUUGCUUAUUGUGCUGUUUUAAUGGUGGUUAGUAGGAUUAAAUGCACUGGUGAGGCAAACAUAGUGCCAACAGGAGGUAACUUUCCAGUUGUAUUUGUCAUGCAGCGUUUGAAGGGACCAUGUACACUGCUCAAAAUGAAAUAAAAUCAGUUGAAUUCAACACUCUGCUUUUUUGUGCCAAAUCCUAAAUUAAGUUGAAGUACAAUCAUAUUUUUAAAAAACCCCAAACAAUAAUGGAACAAGCCUUUUCACUGGAUAAGUCUAGCCUUCUUAAAUUAAUUUUUAAAAUAAAGGCUUCUCCAAAGACACGUUAAUUGCAAUCAUUUCAGAGAACCAAAAAAGAAAAAGCUUCAACAAUUUGUGGUUCCUUGGAAAUGCUGCGCUUUUUGUAUUUUACAUCAUUAGUGCAAUUUGGAUGGUUCUUGGUAUGUGUAUAGUUCAAAGGUCUUCGUGUUCACAUUUAAAUUAGGUAAACAACUUCAUCUCUAGAGCUUGGUUUCAUUUUUUUUAUUUUUUAACAAUGUAGACAGUUCCCUGUUCUCUGCAUUUAGAAGUAUAAACACUUUAAAUCUGUUACUUAAUUCUGUAAGUAAUUUUUAUAAUUAUGAUGUAACUCUAUCCUUAAAACAUUUAAAAUAAACCCUUUAUGUGCAA